AUGGUCAAGUUCUACUCCUCCAACGAAACCUACUCGUACCCUUUUCCCGCCGUCACCCUCGCCUACUUCCUCCGCUAUCCGAACCCAUAUUCCACCCAUGUGCUCUCCACAGACACCAUCUCGCGCCACUAUGACCCAGAGCUCCAACGUCUGACCACCAUCCGCCUGCACCUCAAGCGCUCAAAGCUUCCCUCGGCCGUUCUCAAGCUUCUCCCACGCUCCUUUCUUGGCGCCUCGGCAAGCGGCGACACGCAGUCAUAUAUCCUUGAGAAGUCGGUUGUGGACAUCAAGGAAGGAUGGAUGGAUACAGAGUCGCGAAACCUAGAGUGGACCGGCGUGCUCUCUGUGGUUGAGAGGCAGAUAUUUAGGCGCCCCGUGCACGACGAGGCGAGGGUGUUUCAGGGCAUGGAGGGCGCAGCCCAACGUCACGGCUUCCUCCAAUUUGGCGGACAGGGCGGUGCAAAUGUCAAGAUGGAGGAUUUGGGAGAAACGACAGAUGUUACGAGUUCGGUCACGCUGCAUAGCCACAUUGGCGAGACGUGGAAGAAGAAGCGCGAGCUGGCACGAGAGGGCGCGGCCAGUGUGGAGGACGAGCAGCCGCCCAAGAUGGGCUUUCUGAGGAGUUGGGGCACCCAGACGCUACAGCGCAACAUUGAGAAGAUUGGCUUGACGCGUGCGCAACGAAGUCAACCGAAUGCGCGCGAGGGCAUGAAGGUUGUGUUAGAGCGAAUGCGCGCUGGUGGUCUCGUCGCGGUCCUUGAGGGCAUGCGACAAGAUCGUGAAGCCAUCCUCGCAGGCCGUCUUGCAGUCCCAAACCGCCGUGGCGACGAUGACUAG